UGUCUUAGAUAACCUUCGUCAUUUUAUUUAAAAAAUGGCAUUUAAUAUUACUACGGAACUAGUUACUAUACUCAACGAAAAUGUUACGAAUAUCUUAUCGACGGUUAAUGACAGUAUGACUUAUAAUACGAUAUUAGUCGGAUCUCCACCCCUGAAAAUCGCUCAUGAUAUUUUGAUUGUAGUACUCUUAGUAGCUGUCAUGUUUUCUAUGGGCUGUCACAUCACAGUGUCCGAGGUAUGGCAACAUAUAAAAAAGCCUAUUGGUGCCUGUAUAGGAAUGUGCAGCCAAUUCAUUUUACUUCCUUUGGGAGCCUUCUGUUUGAUCUUAGGCUUGAAACUAGAUCCUCUUCAUGCAACGGGAAUGCUGGUUUUGUCGUGUAGUCCCGGAGGAGUCACUUCUAACAUAUUCACGUAUUUCUGCGACGGAGACGUAUCUUUGAGCGUUACAAUGACCACCUGUUCGACUAUUGUGGCUUUGGGAAUGAUGCCAUUUAACAUGUGGCUUUACAGUAGCAGCUUGCAAACUAGCAAAAUGGUUAUUCCUUAUGACAAAAUGACUAUUUCUUUGGCCGCCGUUACUACCCCCGUAGCAGCAGGAAUGUUGUUUCGAUGGAAAUUACCAAAAAUGGCACCGUAUGUCACUAAGAUCGGCAGUUAUGCGGGAUUCGCCAUUAUUUUUAUCUGUCAAACUAUGGAACUAAUCGUAUUUCCUGAUAUAUUCGACGGAAUCGGAUGGCAAUUUUACGUUGCACUAUUUACUUUGCCCAGUUUGGGUUUGCUUCUUGGUUACGGUCUGGCUGCACUUUUCAGACAACCAAGUUGUGUAAGAAAAACGAUCGCCAUCGAAUGCAGCAUUCAGAAUAUUGGCACGGCCCUUACUGUUAUUUCUUUAUCAUUUCCUCUCAAGCUUCAAAAAGAUAUCCUUGCUUUCCCCUGGCUUUAUUCCAUACCGUUAUUGACAACUGUGACGGUAUGUUGCGCUUCGUAUCAAAUAUAUAAACGUAACUGCUUGAAGAAAACAGAUGACAACGAUGAUUUCGAGAAAAAGAAUGGUCAUCUUGCUUGCGAACAUGUCACUAGCAAUGAAGAAACUGUUGCUUUUAUGAUGGAUCACGUGAAACAAGAAAAAUUAUCAUCAGUCUAAUUGUUCACCUCAAUAUUCAAUAACAACUAUUCCAUAUAUAUAUUCUCUCAAAGCAUUUCGUGAAAAUUUGAGGGAAAUAUUAUCUAAAAUCGUCAGUUUAAUGACGGUUUAUUUUACAUAUUAUCAUUAAUCAUGAAUUUUAUUUCUGUGUCAUUCAGAUGAUGCGUGAUCAUUCUGAAACAUACAUAUCCUAUCACUUAAAAUGACGGAUUACUCUGUUAUUUUUUUUAAUGAAAUUUCAUUAUUUUUCAUUUCCUGAAGAAUCCCAAUCAUAUGAUAUUUCCUAUUCUAGAAGA